AUGCGGGGCAAUGACGAGGCGUCUUGGCGGGACUGGGCCCAGGGGGGCAUGUCGGACCCUGCGGAGAUUGCAAGGACGAUGGGCCGCCAGCACCAAGUCUUGCAGGAGGUCCUCGCGCGACAGGAAGCUUUGCUGCAGAGCCUGUCGGACGCAUUGGAACCUCCAGUGCUCGAGGCCGAGCCGUUGCGGGCCAGCGGAUCGAAGGACCCGGGCGAGGUCUUGGGAGCCGUGCAGGAGGAUGAUGAUGAGAACUUUUAUCCAAAGAUCGACGGCGAAGAGGACGAAGGGGAGGCGGACGCGCCCAGCUGGCCCUGGCCAAGUGGGCGGCCUGAGAUCCGCGCCCGCCCCAAGCUGAAGCGCUCGAAGCGGGAGUCGAUUUUGGCACCCGGAGCGGUCUUCUCAUCUUCUCCAUCCACUGCGUCCAUGCACGCAGUUCUGAAGAAGCGGACCUUGUCCUCCUCGGUGUUGAUGGCCAAAGCACAGGACUCGAAGAUACCCUUCUUGCGCUGUUUCCUGGAGAAACUCGUGGCCAUCUCGAGCUGGUUCUCCGAGUUGAAGGAACCUGAAAGAACUUCGUGCUUCUCACGUAUCGUGGAUGGGCACAAGUUCUCCACCUUGUGUCUCUUAGUGAUCUUGGCCAAUGCCAUCCUGAUCAUCAUCGUCUCAGAUUAUGAGAUCCAGCACUUGGGCGAGUCCAUACCCGAAGACUGGGAGGUGUUGGAACUCUCUCUGACCAUUUUCUAUGGUGUGGAGUUGAUGCUCAAGAUCUUGGUCCAUCGCCUGUAUUUCUUCGUGAACGAGGAGUGGCGUUGGAACAUUUUCGACUUCUUUUUGGUGGUCUUCUCCUUCAGCGAAGUGGCGAUCAGUCGCUAUCUGGUCCUCAACCAGACCUCCGAAGAGAGCUCGGCCAGCCUCAACGUGGGCUUCCUGCGGCUACUGAGACUCACCAAGCUGGCGAAGGUGCUGCGGGUCUUCCGGACCUUGAAGUUCUUCACGGAGCUGCGCCUGAUGAUCGACUGCGUCCUGGGAUCCUUCAUGCAAAUCUUUUGGUGCCUGGUGAUGAUCGUUUUCGUGCUCUACGUCUUCUCGCUGCUCUUGGUGCAGGGCAUCGCCGAUUACAUGCUCACGGCCGAGAACCUGACGGACAAGCACCGCACCGAGCUCUUGGACAUGUUCGGCUCCGUCGGACCGGUCGAGAGCGCGGCGGCGAUGAGGCGCCUUGAUGACCCUCUUCCAAUCCACGACGGCUGGUUUGGAUUGGCGGACCGCGCCACGGCUGCGGUGUGUCGGGUGUGCGUUGCGGAGCACCUGGUGACAGUGUGGCAGCAUUUGCUGGGUCGAAACCCUUUUUUGGCCUCGGUCUUCUUGGUCUACAUCAGCAUUUUCACCAUCUCCAUCUGGAAUAUCGUCACCAGUACGUUUGUGGAAAAGGCCAUGAAGUUGGCGAAGCCGGAUCUGGAUUCCAUGUUGCUGGAGCAGAGCCUCAGGGAUCUACAAGAUUCGGAUGAGCUCGAAAAGCUCUUCAAACCCUAUGCCAGCCGGAACGAGGCGGGUGAAGAUGAGAUUGCCCUAGAUGACCUGCAGGAAGCGGCCGACGAAGCAGAGUUCCUGCUGUACUUGUCGGUGCGAGGCAUCGACGUGAAGAACGUGAAGCUUUUCUUCUACAUGUUGGGCUCCAUGCGCGAGGACAAUGUCAUCGAUCUCAAGUCCUUGGUGAAAGCCUGUGUCCGCAUGAAGGGCUUUGCCACCAGCAUCGACUUGCAGUCAGUCUCUUUCGAAGCCAAGCUCAUGCAUGGUCAAGUGAAGGAGAUGCUUGAGGCAGGGGUGCUGGGCAUUGGGUUCCAUGAGCUGCUCCACUUUCUUCUUUCCUUUCGCCCUGGCCAAACGCCUCGACCGAAUGGAGGCAUGUCGAGCGAGGGGUUUGGCUGUGAACCGGGCGGGGGCCGCGAGUACUGGUACAACUCGCCCAGGUCAGGAGCAGAUGCUCGGCUGAAGGAAGGAUGUGGAGCAGAUGCUAUACCCGGAGUUGGGUGA